GUCGGGUUCUGUUUCCACUGGUAUUCACUUCCGUGGAUUCUUGAAAAUCGUAAAUUUUUUGCUACGUACUCUAUAAAAGAAUUUUAUUUAUUAUAGUGAAAUGAAGCAAUAGUUAGCGGAAACAAAGACAAUUCGUUUUUGAGUGACAGUUUAUUUGAAACACAUUGGGAUCUAACGGCUGGUUAACAUGUGUCCGAUAUGGCCGUUGCACCUGAUCAUCUUGUACCUGCUGGCGCUGUGCCCUCUGUGGGUGCUCUGUCAGCAGCUGCCGCUGACCCUGAAAGCUGUGUUCGAUCCCAGCUCGCUAGCCGUGCACAUGGACUACACCGGAUACGCUAACCUCACGGUGACAAGCAAUGGUUUCGAGCCGGGUGAUGAGUUGUCAUUUACAUCUAGUAACACGCACAUAGCAAAAGUGGAUGUGAACUCCACGUAUAAAUUAACGGAGGAAGAUGCGGCCUCCGACACUUGGCGGGGAAGGUUGCGGGUCUAUGGGAAUUUCCUGGGUCGAACAGACAUAUCCGUGCAAGGGAAACGGAAGGAUCAAGUGACGAGAGCCGAUGAAACGCUCUCGGUCACCGUACUGAGACCAGAACGGGUCAUAGACACAGUAUUCACAACCAGUGUUGCUGUUUUCGUAUCUCUGAUCUUCAUUAAUUUCGGUUGUGCUAUGCAUUGGCCGACUGUGAAAGAAGUAAUGAAGAAGCCUAUAGGACCGAUCAUAGGGAUGGUCGGCCAGUUUCUCUUUAUGCCCUUGAUGUCAUUCGGUCUGGGUUACCUGAUAUUCCCCGGUGAAUCUGCAGCAGCUUUGAGACUGGGAAUGUUCUUUACUGGAGUAGCACCCGGUGGUGGUGCUUCCAAUAUAUGGACCUUCAUAUUGGGCGGGAACCUUAACCUUUCCCUUGCUAUGACCACAAUAUCGACGCUGGCCGCGUUCGGUUUUAUGCCAUUGUGGCUGUUCUCCCUCGGCCAAGUGGUAUUCCGUAGCGCCGACAUAGUAGUGCCAUACACACGGAUAGCGACCUUCGUGAUAGGCCUUGUGAUACCACUGGGCAUCGGGCUGGCAAUGCAGCGAUAUACGCCGCGUCUGGCUUCCUUCAUGGUGCGGAUCCUGAAGGUGUUCUCCACCACCGUGCUGCUGUUCAUCAUCAUAUUCGCCAUCGUCACCAACCUGUACAUCUUCGAGUUGUUCACUUGGAGGAUCAUAGUAGCGGGCAUGGGCAUCCCCUGGCUGGGGUACAUGUUCGGGUAUUUCCUCGCGUGGGUAUGCAAGAGGCCGCAUGAAGACGCGCUGGCCAUCUCCAUAGAGACCGGCAUACAGAACACCGGCAUCGCAAUAUUCCUGCUCAGAUACGCGCUCGAUCAACCGGACGCGGAUAUCACUACAGUGGUGCCAGUGUCGGCAGCUAUCAUGACGCCCAUCCCGAUGACGGCGAUCUAUAUCUUCCAGAAGAUCAGAGGGUGCAUCGUCAACAGAAGAAAUCAACACAAAAAAAUCGUUGAAGACCCCCCAACACCCGUAUAUGAAACACCCCAGCCCGGCGUCAUCGCAACCAUUGAUGUCGACAACAAAUAGCGAAGCUUGAACCACAUAGACAAGUAAAGCGUCGCACAUAGACAAUAGUGUAACUUUAUAUUUUACUUCAAUAUAGGAAAAAGGUCAAAAUCAUAUAUAAUCGUUUUACACGUUGUUAUUAUUGCUAGUAUUCAAUGUCUUAAUAUCUGAAACCAUAUACUUACCAGUGAAAUUACUUAAUUUAUUUUGAAGGGUA